GAGGAAUACAGACACUUGUUUGAGACCGUUGCGAAUAUUUCAGUUGCGACUUGCGAAAAUUUAAAACGUAAUCCCGUUACAUGAUGCAACUGCAGACAAUGCUGAAUAGCGUCGUAGUUUGUGCGCUGUUCUGGAGUGCGUCUCACACACAUGCCCAACACUGGACAACGACCGAAACUGGUACGUUAUUGCUUCAGUUUUGUUAUUAUAGCUUCUUUAGUUUUUUAACAUAUAUACAUCCACCGCAUGCAAUCUAAACUGUUCAUUAUUAUUAAGGAUUAUUGUCCGCAGAUACCAGUGUCUUCUCAUCUGAUGCACACAAUGUUUUGACACUAGUACUUGUCCUAUGGCUAUCAGCUUUUAGUGGAAAAUUAGGAGAGACAUUUCUCUCGCCCGAAUAGUUUUUGCGUAUCCUUUUUACUCGAUCCCAAAUGAACUUUUUUGAAAGGCACAGGCUUGGAGCAAGUUUAUAUUUACUAGUACAAACGAAAGUACAAGAAAAUACGAAAGGCAAAACAAAGAAACGGAGUGAAUUGUGCAUGGUGUCAUGUAUGUAUAAAGCUUCGAAAUAAGCACAAAUGCACAAUAUAUGUUUUGUCGUAAAAUGUUCCAAUGAUGUACUUCUGCCAUGACAAACUGCCGGUUUGUCAUGCAUGCAUACUGGGAUGGUUACAAGUGCGUGCAUCAUGUGUUGUUAUGAUAAAGGCAGCAAUAAUUUUUAAUUCUUUUGUUGAAAAAUACUGAGGUAGUUUCAAUUCUAACAUACUGCCAUCUGUCGAAUAAGUAACUUUUAAACCACUUAUAUAUGCACUGCGAGAGAUACACCUAUAUGUUUAAAAUUAAUUUGAAGAAGCAUGUCGUGAUAAACACUAUCAAAGGCUUUAAACAUGUCCAAAAAUAUAACUACAGAUAAUUGCUUAUUGUCCGUUGCUUCCAACAACAUGUCUGCAUGUCACUGCAAUGUUAAGUGCUUCGGUGGAAUAUUUUUUCCGGUUACCACUUUGCUUCGUCAAUAAUCUGUGGUUUGUUAGAUGUUCUGUCACAAACAUGACAAAGUAGUGAAAUCGGUCGGUUAUUUGAAGCGAUUUCAGGAUUCCCCACUCGAAGAUAAAAGUCAUAUCUUCUCGCCGUCGUGUAAUAUCCUCUAUAUAAUGAUGGUCAUUCUGCACAGGGAUGCCGGAAGUUGCUGAGGGCAAGGGGUGCAAUUGGUUAACAAGAGGGCAUACUCCUUAAUAAAAGGCACCAAUGAAAAUGAAAGGGCGUCAUGAUCCUACAUUCGUGUCAACCUCCCUCCCCGUCACCAAAUGUUUUCGGACCGAAUAUAAUUAUUUAGGCACAAUUCCUCCGUAAUUUCUCGCCAAAAAUUCCAUAAGUAAUGCUUUCCUGAUUUCACCUUUCGCCAAAUGGAUAACAAUUUUGCCGACUUCCUGACGACUGGGGGUGAACCACACACAUCCUCGAACGACGUUUAAUUCUGUCUGUUGUAAAAGUUUUGUGCACCCGUUACACCUAUAGUCUGCACCCGCACUGCACCCACAAAGUUGAAAAUGCAAAAGACAAGGGGUGCACUUGCACCCGCUGCACCCGUGGUUCCGGCAUCCCUGAUUCUGCAGUUAUCAGAUGUGAAAAUACUUAUAAUUAUUUUCAUUAUAUGUGGUGGCCUUUUAUUAUACUGUAUAUAGGUGGCAAAUAAAUUAAGGAGUUCCUUCAAAAUGUCACCCACUCGAAACUACUCGAACCGACUUGAACUGUUCGCAAGGCAAAGGUCCGAGGGCUUGCUUCUCAUCGCGUCAAGUCACCUAGCUUUGGAGAAAAUCAGUGUAGCAUCGUUGAAAAUAAUAUCUUCUUUUUUUUAGCUAACUUGACCGUAUGCCAAAAAAAAUUGGAUCUUGGUUUUAUAUUGGACAACUCUGGCAGUGUUGGACAACAAAACUUUGAACGAAUGAAACUAUUUGUCAAAGAUCUUACAUCCUUCUACAAGCUAGGCCCAGAAGAGACACGAGUCUCCGUAAUGUCAUAUUCAAACUCCGCAAACAUUCAUAUUGCGUUCUCGGCAUAUUUUUCGGAUAAAUACCGGUUUGAUUCGGCCGUGAAUAGAAUUUCGUAUACUGGUGGAGGGACUGCAACAGCAACGGCUUUGAGCAAGGCAUACUACUAUAUGUUCACGUCAUAUUAUGGAGCGAGAGGCUCAGGUAAGGAUCUUGCCUGCUUGGCUGACUGUUUGUCUGCGGCUGGUCACUCGAAAAGCAGGCAAGGCUAAGGAAAUGAAAUGAAAGUGUUUUGCGCACUGAUUUAAAUAUUAGAGAGUUCGAGCAAGACAACAAAGUCGGACAAAGGACGACGUGGUUGACAAUUUUUGCCUGUCUUGCACAUUACCUUGCGCAUUCUGAGUUUAGGGUCAGGAGUGAAGACAGAUUAGAGAUUCAUGUCUAGCUGUUUGUGAACACUGACCCAUAUCCUUACCCUGAUCAGGAUAAAACAGCGAGACAUGAAUCCAUAUCCCGUCUUCGUCUUCUGCCUUCGAUCACAACGAAUAUUUUGGCAAAAUUCGUUGUGAACUUCGUUCUGCACGAAGGCAGAAGGACAAAGACGGGAUAUAGUUUCACUGAUGUCUCGCUGGUUUUUUUCUGGAUCAGGGCAAGGAUUAUGGUCAGUAUUCAUAAACAGCGACACAUGGGAAGACACGUUGUGCAACCACCAGUGACGUCUAACUCAGUAUGCGCAAGAUAAUGUACAGACGGCAAAAAUUGUCAAGUAUGCCUUCGUACUUCGUUGUCUUGCUCAAACUCUCUAUUGCCUGGCAAGGUGGCCGCUUGCCACGUGGACAAAUAAAGAUCUCGUCAUACACGAGUCUGCCCGGGCAAAGCCCUAUUUAUAUAAGUUUUGUUUGCGGGAAAACAUGUACAUGCCUCAAACGUCAGUGUGUUUAGUAACGCAGCCAGCCCGACGAUUUAGUUCCGCUAUGAAAAUAUUUUCGUGUUCAUUGACUGUGAAAACAAUUUCUAUUUUCUAACGAAAUGAUUAAUAAUAAUUUUGAAUUUGCGUACCGGGACUAAAUUGUCAUGCUGCAGGCUACGCCACUGAGGUUUAGAUUCUUGCACUUCACUUGGUGGAAUUAAUAAAAGAAUGUUAGGGUUUGUAAUCCAAGUGAGAAUAUAUACAUUUUAAGACCUAACCAGGAACGACUGCGAAAAAUGCAGCACAAGGUCCUCUGGUAAGAAUUGAACCUACGGCCCUGCGAUUCCGGUGCAGCGCUCUAACCAACUGAGCUACAGAGGCCAGCUGUUGAGCUGUAACCGUAAGUUCAUGUAUAUAUAGGUAAUCGGGUGUGCGGGUUGUGAUAAGGUGGAUUUGAAUAACUUAGAUUCUUGCACUUGGUGGAAUUAAUCGUCGUUCCUGGUUAGGUCUUAAAAUGUAUAUAUUCUCGCUUGGAUUACAAACCCUAAAAUCCUAAUAUUAAUUUCACCAGGUGAAGUGCAAGAAUCUAAGUUAUUCAAGUCCACCUUAUCACAACCCGCACACCCGAUUACCUAUAUAUACAUGGACUUACGGUUACAGCUCAACAGCUGGCCUCUGUAGCUCAGUUGGUUAGAGCGCUGCACCGGAAUCGCAGGGCCGUAGGUUCAAUUCUUACCAGAGGACCUUGUGCUGCAUUUUCGCAGUCGUUCCUGGUUAGGUCUUAAAAUGUAUAUAUUCUCACUUGGAUUACAAACCCUAACAUCCUAAUACGCCACUGAGGUCCAUCGAGUGUGUUCUAGUCCCCUACAUAGGCAUAUCUGUGGGUUUAGUCUGAAAUCCCACGGGUGAGAUGCCUGCGGAGGAGGCUAAGUGUGUUCCUAUAUUAAGGUAUUUACAUUCUAUAUAAAAGCCCGUCAUUUAAAAUGUGUUCCAUUUCUUUUAGAGUUCAAGAAAGUUUUGGUGAUUCUAACAGAUGGACAAAGCUCGGGUCAGGUUAGAUGGCCAGCUCGACAAUUGAAGAACUCCGGUGUUGUGAUAUUCAGUGUGGGCAUUGGACAAAGUUUAUCCAUGUAUGAAUUGCGAGUUAUGGCUUCGGAUCCAGUUAUUCAGCAUGUUAUUACUUUGGACAACUUCUCUCAACUAGACAGACUUGCUGAGCAAAUGUCUUCUCAGACUUGUAAUGGUAGGUUGUAUGCAUGGUGGUUGGUGGUGGUGAUGAUGAUGAUGAUGGUGAGUGGUGACAUGAUAGAGAUAGUGUAAUGGUGGGUGAUUAUGAUGGUAAUGGUGAUGAUGAUGCUGGUGUGAGUGGUGACAAUGAUACAGUAGAGAUAGUGUAAUGGUCGGUGAUUAUGACGGUGAUAAUGAUGACGAACGUGUUGCUGAUGAUGGUGAUAAUGCUGGUUACUCACAAUGACGUUGUUUUCAUGGUGGUGUGAUGGCGAUUAUGUAUGGUGAUGGCGAUGUUGGCAAUGAUGGUGAUGAUGAUAAUACUGAAAACAACGUGUUUUGUUUUUAGCAUCCAAUUUCCACGUGUUCUGCGACAAUGACCACAUGACAGCUGUGUUCGACCGAGCAGAUCUUCCAAAACACAUUAACAUUGACCGCCUGCAUCUCCGAAGCCAAUACUGUAAGGCUCAUUGGAACUCGACUCAUGUGAUUGUAAAAACUCCGCUGACUGGCUGUGGAACUGUCUUCUCGAAAAACGAUCAAACUCUCUUCUUUAGGAACGUUCUUUCUGAAGAAGGUAACAGCAGCGGACUUGCCGUCAUUACUAGAGAUUAUUUGUUCGAAGCAAACUUGACCUGUGCUUAUCCUCGAAAACGUACGGUGGGAUCUUUCAGUUUUGCUCCUGCGAAACAGAUAGUGUUUGCCGUGAAUGUGGGUAAGUGUGUUAAUUUAAUAAUAGUAUCAUCAUCGCACAGUGCGUGAGUACAUGUGCCUUUCCCAUCGGAAUUCGAUUCCUAGAAUAUGAAGUUGUCUGAGUAUAAUUUCGCCUCUGUCGAAUGUGAGAUGAGGCGUUUAUUUUCACUCUACCAAACAUCGCAGGUUGUCUUCGGGUAGUUUCCUCUUGUAGGAACACUGGAUCAAUAAGAGAUCACCUUUCAUGGACCACUAGGUAGAACAAUUUACAAGGGUCUUAUAUAAAUAAAGUUAGUUUAAGUUUCCUUCUGCAGUAAUAUCAGGUAAAUAAGAGAAGGCCUUUGCUGGACCUCCAGGAAGAACAAUUUAGAACUGACAGAGCUAUGUCUUGCCGGUAUAAAUAAAGUUAGUUUAGUUUAAAUUUAUUUCUGCGGUAACAUUGGGAUAAUAAAAAAUGACCGUUGCUGGACCUCUAAAAAGAACCUCUUAGACGACUGAUAGAUCUAGCCUUACUUUAUCACGAUAUGUUGACAGCAUCAGGCUGCCGAUUAUUCAUGUUUGAAGCGAGUAAAUAUAGUGAGUUGUUUGCUUCGCUUGUAGCAGCUGUUAAAGCUCGAAAAUAAAUUCUGAUUCAGACGAUACGACACUGGAAUCGUGGCGCUCAAGAAUGCUCAGUGGCACCGCCAGCUCGAUAAUUGGGGAGGGGGGGAUAUUCAUAUCUUCUUUUGAAAUCCAUUGUUUUUAUGGUCUGUGAACACAAAUAUAAUAAUAUUCGCCCCCCCCCCAAUUAUCGAGCUGGCGGCGACACUGAUAAUGCUAUAUAACCUGACGCUUUGCCAUUCGUCUGAGCAAAAAAAUGUGUGAAGUUUGUUUGAACGAUUGAUUCACCAGUUUGAAUCAUUUAAACACAAAUGAAUUAUCAAACUAACUGUCUUUUAUUUGUUUUAAUGGAUCAUCCGUUUGGCUGAACCAUCUAAACUCAGAUAAAUUAUCAGAAAGGACUGUGAAUAUAUGUUUUCCUUGUCCAACUUUGUUCAGACUGAUCGUCUAUCUCUAAUUUUAAAUCGUUUUCUAGGUGGUCAAGGCAAUUUCUCUCUUAGAAUGGAUGUGUUCAAUAGCAUAAAUUAUCGCCAGCCAUACGCGUCACAAGACUACCCAGUGUUUAAAUCUUUGUCAGAUUAUCUUUAUAUCCAGUACUCUAUCAACGCCAGUAAAUCGGAUCUUGUCGUGCGCGCAGAAACGUGUAGAGCGACGCCCACCAACAGACCUUACGACACUCCACAAUACGUCUUUAUUGCUGACGGGUAGGCAGAAACAAUUGCAUUAAGUUUUGACUAUAAUUAUGAGCAACUUUAUGAGAAGAUUUAUAAGGAAGUAAGGGUAAUUAACCGUAUUUGUCAUACCACUGAUUUAAAUCUGCUUCUGUGAGGAUAGGCUAUCCUUAACUUGAUUGGCGACUACCUUCUUCAACUUUUCUCUGAAUUGAUGAGUUCGAAAACUCAUCCACCCCAGACCUUUGGUACACUAGUUUAAGUACUAUUUAAUACACGAGUAGGAGUGUUUUAUCUGAUAAAACACGACGACGACUACAAAAGAAUACUAAUUAGGAUGAACCAUUAUAUAAUCAUACUAAUUAGGAUGAACAUAUAAAGUCACUCCACGUGACAUAUUAUGGCUGACAUGAUUUGCCACAAGGUUUACGAAUUAUUAAUGAGUAUUUAAGAGGAAGUUGAUCAUUUGGGGGUUCAAUAUUAUAAAAGUAAUCUCAUCCCCUUUAGGAUUUUACAGAAACGUGUGAGAUUAAGGAUUUUUGUUUUUCAAAAAUGAUUCAAAUGUACUAAAAUUUAGUGGGUUAACAAUACAAUAUAAUUGUGUACAACCGCUUUUGACUAUUUCAACACUUUAGCAUUUAUAUUGAUGUGCCUUAAUUUAAUUAUCUACUGACAACUACAAGCACUUUCCGUGAGAUUUAAUUCAUUCAAUAACAAAUCGUUGGUUGUGAUCGACUGAAUCAGCAGUAAGUCUUAUGGUAAAAGAUCUUUAAGAUCUUCAAAUUUAUUCUUUUCAAAUAGAUUUCAUUCAUUAAUUCAAGAUUUGGCUUCAUUCAUUUCUGAAAAUUGGGAAACAAAUAUGUAACUUUGAUAAUUUCCACAUCUUAUUUCAGUUGCGACAAAGAUGAAACGAUUCGCCAUUACUCGUACGGAAUGAGUUCUGUCCAGCGUUUUAGCAUGCAGGCAUUCCGCUUCCUGUCAGAACAUCGCUUUGUCUACCUGCACUGUGACCUGGUGGUCUGCCAUAGGUAUGACUACAACUCCACCUGUGCGCGAAGUACUUCAUGUUCCAGACGUUAUCGUCGUGAUGUUGAUCAGCAGUCAGAAGAUGUGUCUGGCAUGUAUGCACUGUCGUUUGGCCCAGUGAUGAAAGGGAAGGAGUCCGCUGACAAGAGUGCUGGAAGUGAGUAUCACAGGCUCAUAAUAGUAAGCAGUACAAGCAAACUGCGACCAAAUUGGAGCCCGACCGAAGCUGGAAUAGCUGUUACAAUGCAGAGAUGUAUUUUUACUGUGAUUAUAUUAUGAUAUCCUAAUUCUCUAUUUUUACCGUUUUACAGCUCAUACGGAAGCAUCGAACACAACGCUGAUUGGUUCCUUGAUUGGAUUCGGUUGUCUCAGUGUGGUUCUGAUUGGUGCCCUGCUCUUCAUGAUACAGCGAAGUCGUCGUCGUAGAUCUGACCAGACCCAGACUGGUGGCGAGAACAAGGGCAAAUAAUCAAUGCAAAAUUUGGGAUACACUUAAAGUCUCGCUGCGUUUUUUCAUUGUUUUAUAACAGAAUAAGUGUAAUGCAUGAAUACAUAACUGCUGAUUCGAAAAAUAAUUAAACACUGUUUAGAAAGUUAAUAUAAAGUGACAAUUACUAGAAUAGGUUGCGAAAAUGAUUGUUUGAUGACACUUUCAAUGUUUAAUCAAUGUUAUAUGAUUAUUAAAAUUGAUUCACAAAAUUGUUCUAAAUCAAAACAAAAAUGUCAAAGUAUUGGUGUAAUUAGUAGAGCGUAGAAAAAUAUUUUCAAACAAGUAUAUAGUACUUUUGGUGAAAUAAAUUUCGUAUGUGGGUAAUAAAAAUUCCAAAUGUCUGUG